UUCGGUGAGAAAUGGCAGUCGUUCUGUUUUAUGAAAAUAAAUUCACAAAUUUUCAUAAAAAUCACAUUAAAUUGUUUGCUGUUUAUAUAAAAACAGCAAAUUUAAUUCAAAACUCGUUCCAAGAGUUUUGUAGUGUUUGUUAAGUAUAAAAGGGCAUUACUUUUUUAUUAUAACAAUAAAAAUAUAGCUCUUAAUUAUAAAAUUGGUUUAUUCUCUCGGUUUGUGUUUUUUUUUCUUCUGUGAAAAACAACUCCUACUUAUAAAAUCAUCGGCUUUUUUCGGUACCCUUACUCCCUGCCAUAUAAAUAUUCACCGUAAAACAGCAGUUAAACCACAAAUAACUAUGUCAUAAGAAUGAAUUCUAUGUAGAAAUCUAUUAAAAUUGAACAAAAACAAGUAAAAAUUUUAUAUAAAGUUAAAGUUACACAUUAUUUUGUAUCCUUUUUAUAAUGGCCCUCGAUUGAUUUUUCACGGAUAGAGUUGUGGAAAGAUUGUGGGGGGCUCUAGUGUUGUCUGGGCUUUAUAUACAUUUUGCUUGCAUAACUUUCCCAUCCCUAAAAAAAAAAAACAAACUUACCAAGCAGCAGCAGUAGCAUUGACAGUACCGACCGACUCGUCGACUAUCAUAAGGAUAGGUUGAAAAAGGACAUCAACGGGGAUGUUUAUCUCAACAAUGAUAUUGAAAAACACCGUACUAAUGAUUUUCUUCUCCUUGAAUCGUUAUAUAAUAACAAGUUUUCCAAUACCAUACAACAGCUUUUGCUGUGCUGUAAAAAUCUAAUUAUUUCUGAACGACUGAGUUCGAAACCAGAUGACAGGUAGUAGUCAUUAUUAUCCUUGCAAACAUUAGUAGUAGCCAAUUGCUUGUGGAUUCUCGUUCUCGUCCUAAAGGAAAAUCCUUAAGGUUAAACAAAAAUACAAAGAAACAACCACAAACUGACUCAACACUGUAGUGGCAACAACGGUAUAGGAAAUAAUUAUCGACAAAAACACAAAGAAUCUACCUACUCUUGUUGUUUAGACAUAAAGGCAUAAAGGAUAUAACCUCUGCUGAGCAAAAAAAACCUUGGCCUUUUGCUUACGGAAUGUGUUUUUAGCUGCUGCUUUGAAUUAUUCAAAAUUCAAUAAAAUGUACUUGUGCUUUUUUGGACAACAAAGCCAUAACCAUAGGUGUUGUGUAUGCAUGUGUGAGUGUUGGUGUGUGUUUAAGGAUAACAAGGUUUGAACCAAACACUUUUUUGAAAUUCAAGUGCAAGGCCAUUUGAUUACAUAAAUCAACAGAAAAAGAAAAAAAAAAUACAAAAUCAAUUAAAGUUAUUACACAAUAUCUAACUGUAAUAUAUUGAAAAUCAAUAUAUUAAUAAAAAAAAAAAAAGAAAAUUCAAAUAAUAUCAAUCAAUCAUAACAUCAUGAAAAUUAUAUACAUAUUGAAAAAUAAUUUGAAAAAAUAAAAAAAAAUCAUAACAUUUCGGUUGUCGGACGUUUAUAGUCAUAAAAGUUUAAUAGGAUUUAUGAAGGCUACGGCUGUAACUUCGUUUGGUUAGAAAAAUAAAUAAUUGUAAAUCUGUCUAAAUUGUGUGUCAGUUUAAGUGGUUGUUGUUUAUAUUUGGUGUCUUUAUGCAAAAUAAUAAUUAAAAUUAAGGAGAAGGAAAAUAAAUACACUGGAAAAAAACUAUCACUUUUAUUAAAUCUGCCUAUAAAUUGGAUACGAUCAGAAAUACCGUUACUGCCGUGAAAGUGAUUCGCAAGUUCGUAUAGAUAAAUAUCACUCGCUUUUCCCCAAAAUGUAUUACCUCAACAUGUGUGUCUGAAAUCCCAAUUCAAUGCAAUGCUUACAACUAAUGCAAUCAACCACAAACUUUAUACAAAUAAAAACAACAACAACAAUUGUGUCAUCCACUGUCAAUCGCCGCCGCUGCCGUGUCCUGCAACAAAUAAAAUGAAGGAAACCGAUUUUGAUAGUGCAACAGCUUCCCUAAUGCAAGAAAUGAAUUUAGCUCGACGAGCAUGUUGGUGUGACACAAGAAUUCAAUCGCAUUCGCAUAGUAGAAAGUUUCGACAUUUGUUAGUAGGUUUAGUGAAAAAUUAUAAGAAUGGUGCAUUUGAGAAUUUUUGCAAAAGAAACAAUAUUCUCGAAGAAUCACAAAUGGACUUGUUGGAUCUUCCAACACAAAUUACAACAACAACAACACUUUCCACAACGACAACGGUUUUAAAUGAUGGUGCUAUUAAACCAAAAAUUGAUGAUUCUAAUCAUAGUGAAGCUUCAAGUCCUAAUUUAAUUAUUAUUCCUAGUAAUUGUAAAUCACAAAGUUUAAGUUUAAAUAUGUCAAAAUGUGCAACAAGGAAAGACUUGGAUGAUCAAACGAGGUCGUCUCCGCGGAAAUCAUUUGAAACAAGUCAAUUUGCUGAUAGUGUUUCAGCUAAAUGGUGGAGUUUAACGGUAUUUUUAGUGUCGAUAAUGGUUAAAUUGCAAAUGGUGCUAUUAAAUAGUUUUAAGAGUGAAUUAAGUGAAAAGAAAAAUGCUAAAAAUGCCAAAGUAAUGCUCGAUUACCAAAACGAAAACCUAAAACAACGAAGAAGCAAAGAAAACAUGGGUUUGAGAACUUUAAACAGAGGAUUUGUUUUGAUACUUUUGAGUUAUAUUUGGAUUUGUUGUUGUGUUAGCAGUAUAGAAGCCCGUCCAAAUUUGAGUAAUGCAUUAGAUUCUGGAGGAAGUGCCACGACUGUAACAGUGACGGAAUCGGCAUCUUCAACGAGUCCUUUUGCAACGCCAACAACUUCAUUGGAUCAUGGAGAUCAUGGAAAAACAUAUCCAUUAGCAGGACAUGGUGAUCAUCCGCCCCAAAGAUAUCCAGUGUCACAAGUUGACUUUGAUCGAGUCAAAACGCCAUUUAUUAUUGGUAUUUGGAUUCUAUCAGCGAGUAUUGCAAAAAUCGGUUUUCAUAUGACUCCAAAGCUAAAUAAAAUAUUUCCUGAAUCCUGCCUUUUAAUUGUUGUUGGUGUUGUAAUUGGUGUCGUUUUAUAUUUCGUCACUUCCGUAAAUGUAUCGCCAUUAACACCAAAUACUUUCUUCUUCUACAUGCUCCCACCAAUUAUCUUAGAUGCCGGGUACUUUAUGCCCAAUCGCCUUUUCUUUGAUAACUUGGGAACUAUAUUGCUAAUGGCUGUUGUUGGUACGAUAUUUAACGUUGCAACUAUUGGUUCCUCAUUGUGGGCGUGUGGCCUUACUGGUAUUUACGGUGACGAGAGUCAAACUCCAAAACUUUUAGAUACAUUUAUCUUUGCCUCACUUAUUUCGGCUGUUGAUCCUGUUGCUGUUUUGGCUGUGUUUGAAGAAAUCCAUGUAAACGAAAUUUUGUAUAUUGUUGUAUUUGGUGAAUCGCUGCUUAAUGAUGCUGUUACAGUUGUUAUGUACCAUAUGAUGGAAGUAUAUAACGAAAUUGGCAUUAAAAAUAUUAUCGUUUCUGAUAUAUUGGGUGGCGUUGCAUCAUUUUUUAUUGUUGCCUUAGGCGGUACUUUUAUAGGAGUAAUUUGGGGAGUCCUCACAGGACUGGUCACCAGAUUUACAGAUCAUGUUCGUGUUAUCGAACCGAUAUUUAUAUUUGUUAUGGCUUACUUGGCAUAUCUUAAUGCUGAGAUAUUCCAUAUGAGUGGAAUAAUGUCCAUUACAUUUUGUGGUAUCACAAUGAAGAAUUAUGUUGAAUCGAAUAUAUCACAAAAAUCGCACACAACCGUUAAAUAUGCGUUGAAAAUGUUAUCAAGUUCUUCAGAAACGAUUAUCUUUAUGUUUCUGGGUGUGGCCACAGUAAAUAAUGACCAUGUCUGGAAUACAGUCUUUGUUUUAUUGACAAUUUUAUUUUGUUCAUUUUUCCGUGUAAUUGGUGUUGUCAUCCUCACUGCUAUGGCAAAUAAAUUCCGUCUACAUAAAUUAUCAAAUGUCGAUCAAUUUGUCAUGUCAUAUGGUGGCCUUCGAGGAGCUGUAGCUUUUGCAUUGGUACUGCUGAUCGAUGAGGCCCACGUGAAACAAAAAGCAAUGUUUGUGACAACAACAAUAGCGGUGAUAUAUUUUACGGUCUUCCUGCAAGGCAUUACAAUAAAGCCUUUGGUCAAAUUCUUGAAUGUCAAACGGGCAAACAAGAAGAAACCAACAAUGAACGAAAGAAUUCAUGAAAGGUUCAUGGAUCAUUUGAUGGCUGGAAUAGAAGACAUCGUUGGAAAGACUGGUAACUACAAUGUGCGUGAUAAGUUUAAACGAUUCGACAACCGAUUCAUUCGUCCGCUUUUAAUCAGAGACUUAAAGGGCGCUGAGCCAAAAAUUAUCGAAACUUAUUCAAAAUUAACAAUGCGUGAUGCUAUGGAAGUUAUGAGAAGAAAUCCAUCAACAAUUGGACAAAUUUCUGGAACCGAAUCGAUGAGUGCACUAUUUAGGAAUUACACCAGUAAUUGUAUAGGUGGAAGGUGGGCGCCGCCGACGUUGUUUCCAACUUGUCCUAGUUUAACAAAUCUAGAAAAUACAUGCUCACGUAAUCUGGAUAUGCAUGAACUGGACUAUAAUCCGUCCAAAAAAGAUUUAACCGAUGCAAGAAUUCAUCAUUUGUUAGCUGAAGAAUUGAAACCUUACAGAAGGGCUUCAAUGGCAAUGCAUCGCCGAUUAAGCUAUAGCAGGCAUGCAGUCGACGACAGGGAUCUGUCGACGCAGGUCAACUACAAGCUGCAAAUGAACUUCCGACGUAUGUUUAAGGACCGGCAGCAUCAUAAACGCAGUAAAAGAGAGAAAAAACAGCAACAAGAUGGUGUAAAACAAAAUCACGUCUCAUUUACUGAUUUUCAACAAAAUGGAACAACCAAACAAUUGUCGCAUGGUACGAAUACGAAUGAACCUCUUAUUCGCAAAAAACUAAUCAGAAAACAUUCUCACAAAUCACUUACUAAAUAUCGUAGAUUAGAAAUAGCAGAAGAAUAUCCUCCGAAACAAACUGAAGUCACUAUCAAUGAAGCUGGCGAUGACUGGGAAGAAGGUCUAACAUUUACUGCAAAAUCAUCACCGGACUCAGAUCUUGCGAAUAAUAAUUCAUUGAUAGCACAUAUCACAAGCCUACCAGGCUUUGAUGCAUCCAAAGCAAGAAUUGUUAAGCAUUAUGCAUCCAAGAGUGAAAGUCCUGAGAAAAUCCUUACACCAGAUAUUGGUCCGACUGCGGCCGAAUUAAUACUACCAUGGCGUAGGGACAGAUCCUCUCAAAGUAUUGUUGCAGAAAACGUGAUCGUAGAAGAAGAACGAAAUGCAUCUCGUGACUCGGAUUGUGAAAGACGCGUUGCCACCCCAACUGCCACCGAAUCCCAACUGCCAUGGAAACGAGAGGAAGAUGAAAUAUCAGAUGCUAUUCAACAGAAUGAAUUUCCUGCUUGGGCAUCAAAUAAGGAAUACCUGGCAUACAACUCACCCAGUGCCACGUUUCUAGGUGGACUUUCAAAACCUAAACAGGCUAAAUCUGUAAUAGGUUUCUUCCGGCGAGAAAGCUCCGGUUCAGGGAGUGGAGGAGGUGCGCCUAAAUCCGUUCCUCUGGUAGUCGAUCUCAGUGAAAUACCAAUUGGAUCGGAUCCCUCAUUAGCAGCCGCCUUAACAAGUGGAUUGGUGCCUUUUAAUUUGCCACAACAACAGCAGCAGAAUAUUGCGGUUAUUGGAGGUCAGAGAUCAGACAAAAGGUCUGCAUCAAUAUCGGGGGCUAGUAUAGCUAACGUAGCCGAUGGUGGUCAUUCGGGACCAUUUCCGGUGACAGCUAGUCAUCGACGAAAUAUAAGAAGAGGGUCAAUGCUUGAGUUGAGCGGACUUGUACUUGCAGGACGGAGGGCUAGUAAAAUCUUACCUCCUAAUCCCAGAGACACUAUCCCCGAGGAAACUCAUUACCACUCAAAAUCGCUAUGUGAACCGGCCGGAGAUGAAUGGACCUCCACUUUGGCUGGAGCUGCAAAACAUUUAACAGGAAGCGGAAACAGUGACAAACUGCUCACCUCACCGACAACAACAAGCAGUGGCCGGGAACCGCUGCUUCCUAAAUUAACACCUCGAGCACAAAUACGUCGAAUGGGCAGUAGAAACCAAGUGACAACAGCUCUUCUCUCAACAUCGACGUCCGAUUUCGAUGACGAUGAUGAUGACGACGACGAUGAUGAGGAGGAAGAUUUCGAUUUGUACGAUGAUGAUAAUAUUGUCGUUACAACUUAUACACCAGCAGGAUCAUCGACGAACAAACGAAACAAUAGCGGGAGCGAUGGUGCUUCAACAUCGGGCGCACCACGCAAUAAUGAUGAAAGCAUCAUUUGAGGACGAAGGGAACAAUUGCUUAGAAUGCGGCUAGGGAAUUGUAUUAGGUAUAAAUUAUUGUUUUAGUCAAAUUGUUUAAAAAAAAAUGAAAGAUAACUAAUUUAUUAUUGUGACUUGAUUGGUAAAAGAUUCUUUGUAAAUAUUCGUUAUCGUUUGAAAUUCCAAAAAAAAAAAUACAGCCGCUUUUCUCAUUUUUGUGCGAUGCGAUAAAGUUGGUCUAACGAUCAAUUAAAGCACUUAAAAUUGAUAAAUCGUUGGAAUGAAACGAUUCAAAGAAGAAGAAAAAGGCUGAAAAAUUACCAAGAAAGAAAAAAAUUACAAAAAACAGUCAUGACUAAAUUUUAGCAGUUCAACAUAAAUAAAGCAUAAAAUUAAAUUCUAAUUAAAAUUAGAAUGAAAAAAAAAAACAAAUGUGUUCUUGAUACAAAACCAAAAAAAAAAAACUAGUUGAAUUUUUCUAUAGCAAAGAAAUUGAUGAAUAGGCUAACGAUAAUUAUAAUUAUAAAAGUAAAAAAUGAAACAAAAUCACGACAAUUAUUAUAUAAAUGACUCACAGACACACACACAUCCUAGUUAUAGAGUAUAAAUAUGAACGUGUAUUGAAAUUGUACAGAGAAUGUUAACGAAAGAAAAAAUUAUUGAAACCAAAAAAAAAAAAAACUUUACAACUUAAAAAAUAGAUAAACAGAAAAUUUAAUUUAUUUUUAUAUCAAUUUAAUAAGAAAAUGAUAAAAUAGUAAAAAAAAAUUAAAAAAAAAAAAAAAAAA